AUGCCGGACAGGAACUCUUUCGAAGAACAAUAUGCCUCCGGCAAUGUUGCCAAACUGGAGACAUCGCAUGGAGCAGGAGAAUCCUCGCCCAAUUAUGAAAUUGCCGAAUUGAAACCACGCUUCUCCGUUCUCGCGGCCAUUGGUAUUCAAUUCAGCAUCAGUGCAACACCACUUGCUAUAGGUGGCUAUCUGACUUUUAUUCUCGGAGUGGGAGGAAGUCCCUUCUUCUUCUAUGGCUUCAUCGUUGCUUCUAUUGGACAAAUCUUUCUCUGCGCGAGCUUAGCCGAGAUAGCGGCAGUGCACCCUCACGCAUCUGGCCAAGUAUUUUGGACAGCUGCCCUAGCGCCCCCAGAAUGGUCGAGAGUUUUGAGUUACUGGAAUGGUGCAUGCACUACACUCGGAUGGGUUUUCGCGAAUGCCGGUACAUACGUUUUCGCUGCGCAAAUAUGGCUUGCAACCAUGGAAAUUCGCUUUCCUGGUUACCAGAAAGAACCCUACCAGGUGUUCCUGAUGUGCCUUGCGCUAGCUGGAGUCGGUCUCAUUCUCAACAUCUGGUUGUUUCGAUGGUAUCCCCAUGUAACAACAUUUAUGGUCUGGUUCAUCAACGCUGGCACCAUCUACGUCUUGGUGACUCUGCUCGUCCGUGCGGUUCCCAAAAACUCCGCUCAUGAUGUCUUUGUCAAGGUCAUCAACGCAACGGGUUGGGAAUCCGACGGCCUCGUGUUCUUCCUAAACUUCCUCCCCGGAUGUGUCGCCCUCGCUUGUUUCGAUACAGCUGCUCAUAUGGCCGAAGAGAUGGAGCAUCCCCACAAGCAGAUACCGCAGGUUAUGGUUGGUGCCACAGCUCUCUGUGCUAUGACAGCCAUACCCAUGAUCCUUGUCUUUCUCUUUUGCACUGUCAACCCCAUGGCUCUCCUCCAGCCACUCGCCGGACAGCCGGUUUUCCAAGUUUUCAUUGACGGGUUUCGGUCAGACGCAUUGCUGGUAGUGGCUCUGAUUAUUUACUGUGUCACCUAUCUGUCGUCGUGCCCGGCCACAAUCGCCACAGGCAGCCGCUUGGUCUGGUCCUUUGCCAAACAUGGGGGGCUCCCAUUCCAAAACUGGAUCGGCCACGUCGAUCCCGCCCUACAGGUCCCGGUCAACGCUGUGUAUUUAACGGCAAUCAUCUCGUCCCUGAUUACACUCCUCGUUUUCGGACCCACCACAGUGCUCAACGGCGUCUUUGGGGCGAGUGCCGUAUGCUUCUUUUUCUCAUACGGGCUUCCAAUCUGGUUGCUCAUGUGGCGAGGCCGAAAAUCACUACCCGAGAGAAGAUACUUCAACCUAGGUCGACUCGGAUUCCCGCUAAACUUCCUCACUCUCUGCUGGCAACUCCUUUCCGUUGUAUUCCUAUGUUUCCCGCUCUAUCAGCCAGUGACAGCGUCCAACAUGAACUGGGCUUCGGCUGCUGCCAUUGUUGGUUUCGUAGUUUUCGGGUUUAAUUGGUUUCUCUAUGCUAAGAAGCAUUACCGAACUCCGACAAGACUGGUGGUGCCUGCUGAUGGCGAUGUUGAAGAGACAGUGGCUUAA